AUGUGGUUCCGUGUCUCGCGUGCCGCCGAUACACUGGCAUCAUAUUCCGCUUUCGCGUCUACCGCCAACCACUUUCCCCAAUCAUUCUGUCUUUCAGAUCACUGUGACUCAACACCCGGGGCAAAUGUUCGCAAUCGCUCUCGUCCACAGAUUUUCGCUAUCGAGCAAUAUUUAUCGGUUGAUUUAUGUUUGCCCCCUCUCCCUCCCCUCCCCUUCCCAACGUCAAGAAUUGAAACCAAGGAACGCCUGAUCAACGUCCCCGACCUUUUGAUUCAUCCCUCUUCUCCUCGCUUGGACGAGCUCGCACAGCUACUGGAUUGA